CGACGCCGCUGUUAUGCCGAGAGCGCAGUCGGAAGAUUAAAAGAGAAAAGCUGAGCUUGUUUCUGGGGUGGUCCCUUUGAUGGCAAAGGAACGUAGAAAAUUUGAGCAUUCACAAGGCAGAGAAAAUCUACUGCAUCGGAAUGUGACGUGAAACAAUCAGAAAAAAGAAUGAGAAAAGUUUCUUCCUUGCAUUCAAUAUAUUGGGGUGAAAGGUGAAGAAUACUUUGAAAGCCUAGGAAGUCAAGCACCAUCUGUGGAGAAAGAAACAGUUUGCAUUACAGGUACACAAAAAUGGCUACAGGAGCAGAUGUUCGUGAUAUUCUGGAACUGGGUGGUGGUGAUUCUGAAAACACGCCAAUCAGUAAAAAAGAUAUUAUCAACUCCGAUAAGAAAAAGUCAAAGAAAUCAACAGAAACACUCACUUUUAAGAGACCAGAGGGAAUGCACAGAGAAGUUUAUGCUCUCCUAUAUUCUGACAAAAAGGAUGCUCCUCCAUUGCUUCCAAGUGACACAACCCAAGGUUACAGGACUGUUAAAGCAAAGCUUGGCUGUAAGAAGGUACGGCCAUGGAAGUGGAUGCCUUUCACCAACCCUGCCAGGAAGGAUGGUGCAAUAUUUUAUCAUUGGAGACGUCUGGCAGAUGAAGGCAAAGAUUACCCUUUUGCUCGGUUUAAUAAGACUGUUCAGGUGCCUGUAUACUCAGAGCAAGAAUAUCAGAUGUAUCUACAUGAUGAUGGAUGGACCAAAGCAGAAACAGACCAUCUCUUUGACCUCUGCAAGCGCUUUGAUCUCCGUUUCAUUGUCAUCCAUGACCGCUAUGACCACCAGCAGUUCAGGAAACGUUCAGUUGAAGAUCUGAAAGAGCGAUAUUAUAGCAUUUGUGCAAAGUUAACAAAGAUCCGAGCCCCACCUGGUUCUGAUCCCAAGCUUUCUGUCUUUGAUGCUGGACAUGAGAGACGGAGAAAAGAGCAACUUGAGAGACUGUACAACAGAACGCCAGAGCAGGUGGCUGAAGAGGAGUACUUAAUACAAGAAUUAAGGAAAAUUGAAAUGAGAAAAAAAGAGCGAGAAAAGAAAACGCAGGAUUUGCAGAAACUCAUCACAGCUGCAGACAAUACCACAGAAAUGCGCAGGGCAGAGCGAAAGGCAGCAAAAAAGAAACUUCCGCAGAAAAAAGAAACAGAAAAACCGACUGUACCAGAAACUGCAGGUAUCAAAUUUCCAGAUUUCAAGUCUGCAGGAGUCACAUUACGAAGUCAAAGGAUGAAACUGCCUAGCUCAGUUGGACAGAAAAAAAUCAAAGCCAUUGAACAGAUGCUGACAGAAUUGGGAGUUGAUCUAAACCCAAUGCCCACAGAAGAGAUUGUGCACAUGUUCAAUGAACUUCGCAGCGAUCUGGUGUUAUUGUAUGAACUCAAGCAGGCAUAUGCCAAUUGCGAAUAUGAACUUCAGAUGCUACGACAUCGAUAUGAGGCCCUGGCAAAGGCAGGGACAACUAACCUGUCAUCAGAAGGCUUUGGCAUUGAUGGGCAGUUAGGAACUGUGGGAACCAGUUCUGAAGAAAUUAAGGGAGAAGGAAAAGAUCAGUUCAUUGAUGUUGUUGGAGCUGCACCUCUCACACCAAAUUCGAGGAAGCGAAGAGAAUCUGCUUCAAGCUGUUCUUCUGUAAGAAACUGAAGAAACCGUGAAGUAAUUUGAAAAUCUACAGAGUGGACGAAAUGUGGUUAAGUGGAUCUUUUACUACGUAGCUGUUAUGCAGAAAAGACCAUCAAAACUCCAGGAAAAUUGGGAGUAGCGAAUUCCAGUGAUAAAUUAUCCAGCAAUGUUAGAAAGUAAUGAAUAUUGAAAUCACAAUCCAAGUCACGACAACAGAAAAAAACUUCCAACCUAUGUCCGGUAGAAGUUCCAUCAAAUACCCCAGCUGAUCCAGAACUUCACUGCCAAGACAUUUUUCUUUUUUCUGAACUGGAUUGAUGUCCUUUGGAUAUUUGUUUAAAUGUUUACUCUCUAGAGGUUUUGUUCUUUUCGUACUGGGCAAUGAAAGUAUCUUUGAGUGAAGACCACUCACACAACCAUAGUUUUGUUACAAAUUCUCCUCAAGAAAGAAACUGCUACAAGUGUAACAGAAUCCAGUUACUAGGAAUUGUUCAAAUUACUUUGUAUGCAUCUGUUGUAGUGCAGAAAUAUCAAUGAAGAAUAAAUAAAUCUUUUUUAA